CGGGGCAGGCGGGAGGGAGGGGACUCCGGCCGGAGCUGCCGUCGCCCGGGGCCGCGGUGACUCAGAGCCGGCGCGGCUGGGGGUGAGCCGAGGUCUGUUGUUGUGGGAUUUUUUUUCCCCGGCAGGUUAUAAAUAGCCCCGCUCGGCGCCGUGUCACGGAAGGACACCCUGGCCGGGCGCGGGGAGAGGCCGCCGGCGCUCAGCCUCCCCCGGCCGGCCGCCCCCAGCCUGCCUGCCGGUGGGCCCAGCUGCUAGCGGCGGGGUCGGCCUCCGGCUUAUUGUUUUUACACGCGAAAAAUAAUUACUAUCGCUAGCUGGAGGCAGCGACAGGCAGUCUUCUCGGGGAGAGCGGCAGAGCGCUUCGGCUGCUUUCAGACCUCUCUGAGGAAACGGAGAAAAUGAAGCCGGAUCGAGGGUGACACACGGCUCCUUCAGCUCCCCAAACCAAGCAUGUUGGAUGCGGUUUCACAUUAUGGUGGCAGUGACUGUGAAGCUAGCCUAGAUACUUUGGAUGAAUACUUUGAGUAUGAAGCUGAGGAGUUCCUGGUCUCCUUGGCCUUGUUGAUCACCGAAGGUCGAACGCCUGAGUAUUCAAUCAAGGGCAGAACAGAGGGCUUUCAUUGCCCACCAGCACAAUCAAGUCAGCCGCCAACAACUAAGCAUGAAUGCAGCGACAAACUGGCUCAGUGUCGUCAAGCCAGGCGAACCAGAUCUGAGGUUAUGCUACUGUGGAAGAACAAUAUUCCAAUCAUGGUAGAAGUGAUGCUACUUCCAGACUGUUGCUAUAGUGAUGAAGGGCCCACCACCGAGGGGAAUGAUUUAAAUGAUCCUGCAAUCAAACAAGAUGCGUUGUUGUUAGAAAGGUGGAUUUUGGAGCCAGUUCCUCGACAGAGUGGAGAUCGCUUUAUUGAAGAGAAGACCCUUUUAUUGGCUGUUCGUUCUUUUGUUUUCUUCUCUCAGCUAAGCGCAUGGCUGAGUGUUUCACAUGGUGCUGUUCCCCGAAACAUUCUGUACAGGGUGAGCGCUGCAGAUGUGGACUUGCAAUGGACGUUCUCCCAGACACCAACUGAGCACGUCUUUCCUGUUCCUAAUGUUUCUCACAAUGUGGCCUUGAGAGUCAGCGUCCAGUCCUUGCCCAGACAAUCGAACUACCCAGUUUUGACCUGUAGUAUUCACACCAACCUUAGCUUUUACGAGAAGCGAAUGCAAGAGCGUAAGUUACAUCAACACAGUGAUUCCAGUGCGGCACAGCAAUGCAGUACCUCCAGUCCGCAGCGCUUCUGUGGGAAACAGACAUGGACAAUGACACCUGAAGGCGUACUUAAUGGAAAAAAGACACCUGAAUUUACUACAUCUAUCAGAAAUUUAAAACUUUAUCCAUCUACUGGACUUGGAUCUGACUUUGGGGCAUCGCAGUCUAAAGUUCAGUGCUAUAAUGCUACGGCAGACAAUAAGAUACAGUCUCAUGAAACACCUGUCAGAACUUUUAAAUCCUUUUCUCUAGUUGAUUCUCGUGUUUCAAAUAGUCAUUGUUCUCAUCAACCCACAGGAGAAACCAAUCCUUUGAUAGGCUCUCUACUUCAAGAGCGACAAGAAGUCAUCGCAAGGAUUGCUCAGCACUUGAUUCACUGUGAUCCAGCUACUUCACCAGUUGUUGCUGGACGUCCAUUCAACAUACAUGAAAAUGGCUCAGCUACACCGAAAGCUUUUCGUAGUACUUACGGAGACGAAAACUUGCCAAGGAAAGGCAAGGAAACCUCCCCUGUUUCUAUUGCCAACUUAGACAAUGCAGUACAAGAAGAUGGUGGUGAAGACAAAACUAGAGCAAUACCAGAGAUCCCACUGCUCAAUGCCCGUGUUCCAGUGAACCACUGUGGCCGUCAGUCUGCAGGAGAGAGUAAUCCCCUGAUCGAUUCUCUGCUCCAGGAGCGGCAGGAGGUGAUAGCAAGGAUUGCCCAACACUUGAUUCAUUGUGAUCCAGCUACUUCUCAUGUUACCGGACGUCCAUUCAAAGUGCAUGAGACUACCCCAGUUACAUCCAAAAUUUUCCGAAGUACGUAUGAAGAUGAAAAUUUGCUGAAGAAAGGCAAGGAACCAUCUUCUGUUUCUUUUGGUAAAUCUGAUUUUUCUUUGUUAGAAGACAGCAGUAAAUCAAGGAUGAAGACACCUGAUACUCCUAUCAGUCCUUCUAGGUUUGAUGGAGAAUUGAAGGCUUCUCUGAAACUCCAAGCAAGAAGAAAAUUGGUUUUAGCAAAACCCAGUGAAGCUGUCCGAAAUGCAUUUCAUCAGACUUCAAAUAAAACUUCUCAUGCAUUUACUAACAUUCACACAUCGUCAUCAUGUAUUAAAGAAAAUAAAUCUGAAUUGCCAGAUAAAUUGGAAAUGUUACAUUCUGGUUAUGCACAGAAAGACCAGAUAACCAAUAGAAUUAAACAGUGUUCAAAUUUCAGCAGCGUUGAUGAACAAAUUUGCACAAAUAAACUUAAAGAAAGAACAAUAGUUAGUGAGAAUGACAAGGACUGUUUUAACAAUUUACAGAUAGAUAAAUGCAAAAUACUUGAAGGUACAAAAAAAGCAACUGUGACGCAGGUAUCUGACUCUUUGCACAAAAAUGAGCUCAAGUGUUUAGAUAAAGACUCAAAACCCCCAAAUAUUUAUGAGCAAAAUACUCAGCUUAUUAGUAUUGAAAAUUAUUUAAAUAAAGACCAUGACAGUUUCAAAAACAAAACCAAACAAGAUAAAACGAAAACUGCACAUGAUGAGAAUGAAGACCCAAUAGGCCUUGAUUUCCAAAGCAGUUCUCAGAAGAAACCUACAGAAGAUGGUGCAGUUAAGUGUGAGCGACUGAAAAACCCAGAUGUACAGAAAGCGCCAUCUCUAAAGCACACAAACAUAUGGCGGAAACAUAAUUUUCGAUCCUUGGAUGGAACUUCGACCAAGGCUUUUCAUCCCAGAACUGGAUUACCUCUGCUUUCAAGUCCUGUUCCUCAAAGAAAAACACAUUCUGGGUGUUUUGAUCUGGAUUCAUCACUGCUGCACUUGAAAUGUCUGUCUGCAAGAAGCCCACAACAAUGUAUAAACAGAGACAGUGAUCCAGAGAGCCAUGGGAAACCAUUUCUAAGUUCUAGUGCUCCACCAGUAACAAGUCUUAGCCUUCUGGGAAACUUUGAGGAGUCUGUCCUGAAUUUUCGCUUAGACCCGCUCGGUGUCGUGGAGGGUUUCACAGCAGAAGUGGGAGCAAGUGGAGUCUUUUGUCCCACGCACAUGACUCUGCCAGUUGAAGUGUCAUUCUACAGUGUUUCAGAUGAUAAUGCACCCUCCCCUUACAUGGGUGUAAUUACUUUAGAGUCCCUUGGUAAAAGGGGUUAUCGGGUACCGCCUUCAGGAACAAUACAAGUGACCUUAUUUAACCCUAACAAAACUGUGGUGAAGAUGUUUGUGGUGAUCUAUGACUUGAGAGAAAUGCCAGCUAAUCAUCAAACAUUCCUACGGCAAAGAACUUUUUCUGUUCCUGUGAGACGAGAAAUCAAGAGAACUGUCAAUAAAGAAAAUAGUCAACAGACUGAAGAAAGGCUACUACGCUACCUCAUACAUCUGAGGACAGCGUCUGUCAGAGACCUCUGUUUUUCUCGAUUCCUUUACGCAGAACUAUUGGAGCUGCCACAGCUCUGGAGCCAGUCCCAUGCUGGCCACGCCAUCACCACCCCGCAAAGGUGUUCCAGAGUUCUAAAUCUGGAAAGAUCUACCUCCACAGAGAUGUAAGGCUCCUAUUCUCUCGGAAAUCCAUGGAAGUUGAUAGCGGCGCUGCAUAUGAACUCAAAUCUUACACUGAAUCUCCAACAAAUCCUCAGUUUUCACCAAGAUGCUAGCAAACAAUGGCAAACUAAAGUAUUUGUUUUACUGUUGAUUGCUCCUUACAAGCGAAGAUCGGUAGAGAUGACAGUAUAAAGUUAAGUCUGUAAAGGAAUGAAAAUAGCGCUCAAGAGAGAAGGUUCUUAUGUGAUCCUGGACCAGUUUUUAAAAGGUUUCUGGAAUGAGCUUUGUGUAUUCCAAGUAGACUGGAAACAUACUUAAACCUAAUCUUUUUGUACUGUUUAAAACCACUUCAUUGGAUGUGUUGCAAUAGCAAAUUCCCAAGUUAGUUUAGUGUUUACACUUUUUAUUUUAUUUUUCAGUUAUUUAAUAUUUAAUGUUUCAUUUAAUACUCAAGUGAUGUUUGUCUUUAGUGUUCUAAUGUAGCAUAAAUCCUAUGUAAAAUCAUACUAUGUAUUUUUGGCAUUAAUAUUGAAAUCUGAAAUAUAUACAGAUGUCUUUAAUCU